UCAAUCAUGACUCAAAACAAGAUGGCAGACAAAGGGAACUGGGCUUUGGCAAUCACAGCUUGUGUAGCCAGUUUGCUGGUGGUCCAGGCAGACAUUAUAACAGAUGCUCCAGUGGGUCAGCUGUUUGUCUAUGAGCUACACAGAGAGGUUUUCCAGAGUGAAUUUGAGCCUUUUCAUAAAAUCUUUGAUCGUGUUUAUAAUGAUCCCAUGGUGUUUAAAUGCAACAAGGAGCGAUUUCCAGAUCUGCCCCGGUGGCUCCGCUUUACCCAGAGAGACCCCUAUGACAACGGCUUCCUGUAUGGAAUGCCACUGCUGCAGGACAAGGGCAGAAACAUUAUAGAGAUUUUUGUGGUCAACAAACGCAGCUAUGACACGUUUAAAGAGAGGCUGGUAAUAAAUGUGGGUCCUGCAGUAAAGCAAAUGCCAUACCAGGCUGAGUUCUUCAUAGAGUUGAGAGAAAUUGAGAAAGUGCUGCCCCCUGGUGUUCAGGAGGAGAUCAGACUGGAUAUUCAGAAUCUGUGGGGAACAGACAGGCUCGAUUUUGUCAAUAUUACCUCUGCUCUGGACAGGGGUGGUCGUGUUCCCCUUCCUCUACCAGGAUAUUUUGAGGGUGUGUAUGUUAAAUUGGGUUCAGACCAGCCCUUUUCCAAAUGUAUGCAAAGACUUCAGACGGUGGAGCAUCAGAGAGAGUGUGCAGCCGGAGGGAAGAUCACAGGAGACUGCCACACAUGCACAAACCCAGCCAACUGCAUCACCUGGUGCAAAUCUGUUUUGUUUGAUCUGUCCAAGCCUGUUCCACCUGCCCCGGUCCCAACUGUGGGUUCAGAGAUCCUUGAGUGGGGUGGAGAAUUCAACCCUCCAGAGUCUCCACCUGAGAGAGAUUUCUUCCCAGACUACAUUGUCACAGUCAUCAUUCCCUUUGCUCUCGCUCUGAUCUUGUGCCUCCUCCUGGCCUACGUUAUGUGCUGCAGGAGAGAAGGAGUUCUGAAACGAAAUGUCAAGACCCCUGAGCUCCAGCUGUACCAUCACCACACCAUCCAGGGUAACGCCAACGAGCUGCGGAGAAUGGCUGGGUGUGACAGGCUCACUGUGGACCCCCCUCGCCAGUGCUUACAGCCCCUCCUCAUGGCAGAACAGGCAAUGGCAGAGUGCUGAAUGACUGCCACAUCACAGACGUUAUAUACAUCUUUUAUAGCCAAGUUAAAGAGUAUUCUGUGGAAGCGAGAGACUUUUUUGUUUGUUUUUUGUUUUAAGGUUAACAAUUAGUUUAUAUUGCUUUGUGCAUUAAGUUUAAGGGCACCAGAUUGGCAACAACAGAAGGGAACAUGGUCUUUUCUUGGAAUUUGUGUAUUAAAGGCUAUAUAUUAGAAAUGCCUUAUUCUGUGCAUGUUGAAUGAAACUCCUGAUAAGCUUUCUGCAUGUAACAUACUGUUUAUUACUGUACAGAGUUGCACGUAUCUCUCAAAUUUCCAAAGGACAAGAAACAUGGGUUGUUAAAAUUAGACAUGACCUAAAACCUUAAAACAUUGCAACCUAUUGAAUGAACUGUAUAUCUAUCCCACAGCCUCGUUUUUACUUGCAUCAAAUAAAAGAUGCGAUCUACCCUGAAUAAGAUGAAUUGCUUUUGUAUGGCUGCUCAAGACCAGAUAUGAUAUAUCUGGUCAAAAUAUGAUAUAUCUGGAUUGGCUCUACUCCUAUUUAACAGACUAGAACAGUGGCAGAAUGUAAUAUAAAAGCCUCACUUGAUUUUGUAUAGAAAUGUCACUUAAGUUUAGGUGUACUCAUUAUUAUUUUCUUCAUUAAAAAACAGUUUUCCUCUCAAUGAAAUUAAUAGUAAUUUUGAAACAUGUAUAAAAUCAUGACAACUGAACUCCCAUGAGAUGAAGAUUCCAGUCAUAUCAGAUAUAAAAGCUUUGCUCUACAUGGAAAUAGUCCUCUCAAACUACAAUAUCCUGAAAUAUACAAUUAUAUAUCUUUAAAUAAUAUGUAGACCUUCAUAUACAAGUUUUAUUUAUUUUAAAAACUAAAUACGUAUUGUUUUUUCAUACUAAAACCUUAUUUUUGUAUUAAAAAAUAGAUAGCUUUAAAUAUCACAGAUUAUGUAUGUUUCUCUCUAUUGUCUUUUUCCCAUGAACACACACACAAAAAAUUCAGUGGGAACAUAACUCAAGGUGAUCGACAAAUGUCUGAGUUAAAAUAAGCAGCUCUUGUGUCAGUUUGCUUAAAUGGACCUAAGAUAUUUUUAAACGGACUUGAGAUCAGUUACAGCCUGCAUUUGAGAUACUAUUAGCCUACCACCGGCAUUUUUACACUGAUUCAGGGGUUAAUGUGGGAUCAUCAACGCCCCCUAGCGUCCAACUGCAAAACAUUUCAAAACAGUGUAUCAUGUAACGAAGCCAUGUUUGCGGAAAUCAAGUGACUUCGCCAGUUUGAUAGUUUGACAGUUCAGUGGGGUAUGAUUAAACCUUCCCCAGACCAAAUUACUCAGCACAGUUAAAAGUCCAUUUCAAGGAAAGCCAAACCACACAUUUUUUCUAUUAAUAAAAGCAGGAUAAAAAAUAAAUAAACUAGCCCCUGUCCACUUGAAUGGAGAACAACAAAAAUCUUUAAAACAGUUGGUGAAGAUUACGAUCAAAUAACAUUUCCAAUUGACAGUAAAAUCUGACGACAAGAGUAUCAUAAAUUGUGUUUCUUUAUCUCAGUUCAUGCAAAAAAUACUGUUUUUCAGACAAUAUACCAAUGCAUUGCCAGUUUUUAUCAUAAUUUUAUGAAGAAUACAAAGUCCCCAUUACUAACAUGCAUUCCAAUACAUGUUUACACCAAAAUCACAAACACCUGGAAAUAAAGUAGAAAUUAACGUAGUUGAGUAAAAUCAUAGUGGUUUGUUUAAUUUGUUUAGAGAAAGGCAUUGAGGCCAUUGCAAGAAGAUAACAUAUCCAGCAUCCAGUUGACCACAUAAACAUGCUUUAUUUCAACAUCCAAAAUAAUUAAAAACAUCUUGAAAUACUAUACAUGUACAAAAUAAGUACAGAUCCUUUGUUGGAACCAUUGGAGGGUCUAUUUCUUCUGUGGUUUUCUUUUUUCCCGCUUAUUUUUCUUUUUCACAAAAAAAAAAAAUUAAACAAACAAAAAAUAAAA